UUGAUUGCUGGAUAUCCAUAGGACGCUAGCAUCACAAACAUCUUUUCAAUUUUCAUUUACAUUUAGUCAUAAUAAACAACGUGCAGAUAUGACCGUUACUUAAAAGAUUUUUCACUGUGAAUUCUUAUCUAUCUUCUCAAUAUUACUAAAUUUUUUUUGUUAGUGUUGUGAUAAUCUGCUGAGGCACACAUACACCAUGAACUCCUCUGAAAUUUUGGAUAUUCAAAUAUUAAAAUUCGUUAAUCCUCAUAUCUUCUUUGUAACAACUGAUUUGGAUAAGCAGCAUAGGGCUUCUCAGCUGAAGCACAUUUCUGAUCGUAUUAAGAGCUCAAAUUUAGUGCCAAAUGCUGAUGCUAGCACCUUACCAGCUGAUCAAAUUAUAGCGGUUCAGCAUGAAGGAAAGUUUCUUAGAGCAACUGUUCUUGAGAAAAUUAAUUUAAACGACUCUGGGGGGAAACUUUUUAAUUGUUGGCUAGUGGAUAAAGCUUUAACAAUAAAAACUGAUCAAAUUUUUGAAAUCUCAAAGGAGCUGCAAAAUAUUGCUCCUGGGUGUAAACAAGCCAGUUUGAAUAAUAUUUGUUAUUUGCAUGAGAAACUUGAAUUAGGUGUAAUGGGCACAAAAAAAUUGAUCCCUAGUAUACUACCUUCUGCCGGAACCAUUCAGUGUGCCUUAGACUUGCUAUCAAACAGUGAAAAAAUGCAAAUAAAAGUAGCCGAAAAGUUUGGAAAUACUUUAAUUGGAGAACUAAUUAUUUACAAAGAAGGCAAGACUCUGUUUUUGACCCAAGAACUUCUCAAGAGAGAACUAAUUGCCAUUAAUGAGGUGAUGUUCACUGGGUUAAAAUGUAGCACAAGAGAAUUUCUUAUGUCCCACAUUGGAUCCAUUUACCGGAAUGUAGAAACAUCUUCUGUUAGUAAUAAAAAUUCUAAAAAUAAUGAUUCAUUAAGUAAAGUCAUUUAUAGUAUACAGGAUGACAUUGAGGAGAUUGAUGUUUUAACUACGCCUCCCUUAGAGAACGGACGACGUCGCAAAAAUAAACUUGUAACGCCUAAACCUGAAAGUGAUAAAGAAAAUGGAAUUUUCCCUCCCGAUACCAAGAUGAAACCGACACCUCAAAGACACGCCAAACUAAGAAUGCUCCUGAAAAAGAGGCAGCAGGAAAUUGAAUCUAACAAAGAAAAAUAUGAGCCGAAAGAUUCCGUCGAGUGUCAAAAAACAAGUAUGAGGAUGUCCGAAAGUUCAGAAGGUGACUUGGUUAUUUCGGGCAGUUCUAGCAGUUUGUUAGAAAAUGUUUCAAAUGAUGAUUCAAUCAUUGAAAUUCAAGGAAAUAAAUUUAAUAAAAGCAAAGAACAAUCAUCAGAAUCAGACGUCAGUUUUCAGUCCAUGAUCUGCCAAAGAAAAUCCCUGCUCAAAGGCAAAUUUUUCCCUGCUGGAAUGGAGAGAAACUUCUGCCACGCGAAAUCCUCAAUAUCCACAUCAGGUUCAUCACAAAAAUCCCAGCGAAAAAAAAUCGCAGCACUGCAUAAUAAGAAUCCGGAAGUGCAAAAAUCAGAAGCAGAAGAAGACUCUCCUGCAAUCAUUCAGGAUCCAAAUGUUCCGGAUACCGAUCAGGAGUCUAAUCAGGAGGUUAAAUCUGAUGUGAUACCUGAGGAAUCCUCUGAAUCCGAAACUGUGCCGAAAAAAGUUUUUACCAAACAGGAUUUUUGUCAGUUGGUGCAAGGCUGCACUUGCGUUACCUGCCGAAUUACGUUGGAGGACGACGAUUGGGAUUCCCCUAUUCAGUUUGAAUCGGAAAAAAAAGACGACAACGCCAAGGUUCCAGGUAUUAUUAUAAAGGCUCCCAGGUUGUUAAAGGUGAAUUCGGAGAAAAAACCUUCGAAGCAAUCCGAGAUUUUAUCCGUGAAUUAUGGGGAAAUGUCUUCGAUGGACAAAAAUUUAACGUCAAAAGUUUUGGUUCAUGGUGAAUCCAUUCCAACGGCAAUCAAACGUGUGGCCCAAGUGAUGCUCCAUAAAAACAUUCACGCCAACCUCAGCCGGAUGAAUUAUAUAGAAUCGAAAAGGAUCCAAUAUUACGCGUUUCCCGCCAUCACGAGGAACCAGAACGUAUUUAUGGUGAACGAAAAAAAUUCAGGCAAAACGAUGGCCUAUUUGCCCAUCGUGUUGUCGUUUAUCCUGGAGAAGGAGGAACGGUACAAUCAACUGUUCAAAAUGGGCGGAGGGCCCAUAGUCGUCGUAUUGUGCAGUAAUUCGAACAAGUGCGAGGAAGUUUAUGAUUUGGCAAACAUGGUCUUAAGCAGACAGAAUAAGAAGUGCCACUUGGUUACUUAUCCUCGAUAUGGCAACAUUAGUAACGUUGACAUUCUCAUUACGAUGCCGACGGUCCUACAAACUUUAAUAUCCUCAAGAGCUACAAAUUUUAAGCGUCUCUGCCAUUUGGUUUUGGAGGAUGCGGACGUUCUCCUCAAACAAAACAACGAGUUAAUCCUAAAAUUUCUGAAUUACGCCGAUUCGGUCCUGGGGAACAGAAAUUGUCCAAAGGCGGUGCAAUUGAUCGCGUGCGCCCAACACUGGACUCCCCAACUGGAAAACUUAUUGACGAUAUUGGAUAAAAUACCCACCGUUUGUAUCGGGAAUCACUUGGAGUCCGCCUUGUAUGGAAAAAUGAAAUUUUCGUUGAAAUUUUUGAAUUCCAGGUGUAAAGAGGAAUAUUUGCUUGGUAUCCUCCAAGACAAAUUCAAAUUUAUGAAAUCGAUAGUGAUUUGCAAUGAGAACGAGAUCGAAGGCGUUCAAAAUGGUUUAAUGUUAAACGGUAUCGAUUACGUAUCGUUCUUGAACGUUACUCAGCAAGAAGACAUCUAUUAUAAUGAGCAAGUGUGGAAUAAUGCACAUCCUGGAAAGUAUUCUGUUUUAAUUUGUACCGACGAAAUCUAUAACACAAUGAGCCUGACUAGCGCUCACCUUCUCGUCCACUUCUCUCUGCCGUACUCCUGGGCCCAGUUCAUCAGAAGAUUCAGCUGUUUCCUGGAAAACAUCCAUAGUCCAUUAACCGAUUCCGCACAAAAAAAAAUUCAAAUAUCCAGCCACGUAUUAAUCGACGAAAAGUGCGAGGAACGAAUGUCGAGGUUUAGUAAUUUCAUUAAAAUUGCCGGUCUGGAAAAAGACGUACCUGAUAAUGUAAAGACGUUCUUUAAGCAAAUUAAAAUUCGAGAUGAAAAAACCCGAAUCAUGAAGAAAACCGAUCUUUGUCACACUUUAAGGGUAUUCGGGCAAUGUGCGGAACUGAACUGUAAAAAGCGACAUUUUGCGGACAAAACUCUGGACCAAUCAGAUCUGGUUCCCAAAAACGGAUCAAUUCAUUUCAAAAUCCUCAAAAUGCUCGACUCCGGUAGCUGUUCCGUUAAAAUAUUAGAAGCUUUUGACCUAAAUGGUAACAGUGUCCAGAAGUAUCAUGACCGAAACAGUGAAAUCGCCGCUAUAUUAAGCAAGAAGUGUAACUAUCGCUCAGUUAGUAAACCGACCGUGACGCAUCAGUAUUUAAUCAAACAUAACGGAGAGUUUUAUAGAAGCAAACUGGUGGAAAAUGACGGGUUUCCUUUACUGUUUUGCAUCGAUAAAGGGAUAUACCUGAAAGGCAGCUUGGACAGUCUAUUUAAGAUGCCGGAGGAGCUUAAGAAAAUACCACCACAGUGUUUCGAAAUCCAUUUUGCCAAUCUCAUACCCCCAUUCGAGGACGCCACAUUUUCACGACUAGCGGGUAUUAAAGCGCAAUUUCUAAAAGAUAGCAAUUGUCCCGACUCCGUUAUGAUCGGCACAAUUGUACUUCAAUUAGGAAACGUCUUGUGGCUGGACGAUGUCUAUGAAAUAAGGGAGAUGCACGAUAAAACGUUUCCAACUAUGGGAUUUCAGCUCAGCAGAGAGCUCGUUAAAGAAGGGUUGGCAGUUAAAAGCCCUAAACCUUUGAAGAACCUUUAUAAGUUGUGCAAAGAAUGUGGAAUAGAUUUGCCUGAAUAUAAAGUGUCUAAACGAGUAGUGAGGAAUGUUAUGGAGGAAAAACAGGCGAUACCGAAUUGGGCCUUUUUAAAUAUUGAGGAGUUACAUGAGGUUACUUUUACGUUUGCAGAAAGUCCAGAGAAUUUUUAUGUUAGGCAAAAUAAGUUUACCAGACAAUUAGAAGACCUUGAACAUUUAAUCCAACAAGAAAUCCGCAAACCAUUUUAUCCCACCUUAAAAGAGGUAAAAGUGGGCCAGUGUUGCCUUUACCAAGACGAAGUGUCGAAAGAAUACGGCAGAGGACUCGUAUUAGAAAUCGAGAAUAACGAAGCUAAAAUUAUGUCAGUGGAUUACGGCGACAUCUGCUGGGACCAAACGGCUAAUUUAAAACAUAUUUCCAACGAGGUCAUAUUAAAAUUGCCGUUUCAAGCCGUAAGAUGUUCGCUGAUUGGCGUUAAAAGUAUUGACGAAGAGUGGAGUUUUGAGGCGGUGGAUCUUUUGUAUAAGAUGGCAUAUGAAGAUGAUCUUUGUACUAAACUACGUUUGCUUUAUGUAAAAGUGAACUCGAAACAAGACAAUCCGCAAGUGAGGGGUCAAUUUUGCUACUCUGUCACGGUAAAAGAGGGCCUAAACAGGCGCGUCCUGAUAAAUAAAUUAUUAUUGGACUGCGGUUUUGCUAUGCGGACCGAUGAAGAGAUUAUGGACUUUGAUUUGCCGGAAGUCCAAGAGGAAGUCGAUGACGAUAUCAUCGAGGAAGAUCAGCCUGAAUUUAUGGAAGAAGUUGAACAAGUUGACGAGGAGUUCCCUAGCGCGCCCAACCCUGAUAUAUUACAGUUUGACAUUGACGGUUUCGACUGCGUGAUAUUCGACCCCAGCCAAUUCCUUAUCGAUACCAAAGCAGCAAAAUCAACCAAAGAUAAUCGAACCGAAACCGAAGCACCUCGUGAUUUACCUGCGAUAAAAGCCGCCCCCGAAGUCAAUUACUUGACUCCCGCAGUUGUUUGGUCCCAAACGGGCGAAUACCUAAAACUAAACAUUCAAGUUUCCGAAGUAAACCAUCCCGAAAUGACCGUCAAAAAGUCGAGACUCUUCUGCUUUAGUGCGUCAAAGGGAGAAAAGGAGUAUGCUCUGAAACUUUUGCUUUAUUCUUCUGUAGAAUCGACCUGUCAGCACACGAUCCUCGGAUCUCAAAUUCGAGUCACGCUAAAAAAACGUACGGAAGGCGAAUGGCCGAGACUGUUGAGAACGAGCGAAAAGAUGCGUAAGAUAACUUACGAUACCGGUGCAAUUAAAGUGGAUGAAGGGAAACCAAGGAAAUUUUUGGAUUUGGGCCUUUCGGACUCCAGUUCGGCUGGAGAUGACGAAUAUUACUAUGACGUUUCUGAGUUAGAUUCGGAGUACGAUUUUGAUAUUCCGAACGACGAGGAAUAUUAAUGUUUUUUCUCAGCUCGGUUUUUAGAAAACUUGAGAAUUUACAUCAGAUAUUCUUAAUUUAUGCAAUAAGGGAUAAGUGUUUUAAAAGUUGAUCAAUUAUGAUAUUCAGAGUAUCCUAAUUGCAAUGUCCAAACUUUAACAGGGCAUUAGUGUUGUUUCGUAGUAAACCAUUUUUGUGUAAGAGGGUUGACUUUUAAGUUUUGCAUAUGCAGCUGGAAUAAAACAAAAAAUAACUUUUAACGACUUUAUUGUUUUUCAAAGUAUUCUCCACGAAAUUUAAUGCACUUUUGCAUGCGCUCAAACCAGUUGUCAAAGCUGUUAUUCCACUCGUUUGUGGGUACUGUCAAAAUUGCAUUUUUAAAGGCGUUAACUGCUUCCUCUGGCGUCUGAAACCUCUGACCACGCAGUUCAUUCUUGAUUUUUGGAAAAGUAUAGAAAUCGUUGGGACUUAGGUCGGGACUGUACGGAGGAUGAUCCAAUAAUUCGACGUUUUGAUAAGUUAAAAAUUCAAUAGUUUUCCGGGCUGUGUGCGAACUUGCAUUGUCUUGGUGGAGGAUGAUUCGUCGUUGUGGGUUCGCUUUUCGAAGCUCAGCGAUGACUUUCGGCAACAAAUGGUAAUGUACCAAUCGGCAGUAACAGUUCGUUGAUUUUCCAGAGGAAUUGUUGCAACAUGACCUGCUUUUGAGACAAAUGUUGCAACCAUCUUUUUAAAUACACUUCGAGAACGAAUGACUUUUGUUGGCUUUUCUUCAUCUUAAAAUACCCAUACAGACGACUGACGUUUAUUUUCAGGUUCAUAUGAGUAAAUCCAUGAUUCAUCACCACUGACAAUGCUGUACACAUUUUUAGAGUUUCCUGCCUCAAAGCGGUCUAGAGUUGUUCGACACCACAUCACCCUAGCUUCUUUCUGUUCUUCAGUUAACAGAUGCGGUAUCCAGCGGGAAACUAAUUUUCUUACCCGUAAUUCUUCAUGCAAAAUUUUUUGAAUUGAGGUCUUUGAAAUCGCCAAUGAAGCCUCAAUCUCACGAUAUGUCACAUGUCGAUCUUCCGUGAUAAGCAUACGCACAGCAUCAAUGUUUUCUUGGGUGACAGCCGUUUUUGGUGCACCUGACCUUGGAUCGUCGCUAAAACUAACCCGUCCACGCUUGAAUUCUGCAUACCAACGAGAAACUGUCGACUGAUGUGGUGCUUCAUCACCGAAAACAGAAAUCAACUCAGCACAGCAGUCUUGUUGAGAUAAUUGCCUUCGAAAAUUGUAAAAAAUGAUGGCCCGAAAAUGUUCUCUGUUUAAUUCCAUGGUAUGCGCAAUUUGCUACCUUUAAAAAUUCACUGUAGCUGUAAAACUAUAUGUAUCGCACUGACGUUUUGAAUUUAAGAAAAGUAAAGUUUGAAGUUAAGUUUGACUAAUGACAUUUGAUUAGUGACGCCCUCUAUGUUUCUAUAUGCAAAACUUAAAAGACAUCCCUCGUAUGUGGCAUAGUUAGUGUUGCCAUUAUUUUGAGUGGCAAAACAUGUAAAACAGUAAGUGGCCUUUCAGAUGGAUGCGUAUGAAGUUCACGCGUAUGAUUGCCGGUGACGGCAGUAGAGAAACAAACAUGCAAGAGAAAAUAUCUAGCGUUAUUGCCACUGCUACAUAUUAUCACUUAAAAAAAAAAAGUAUCUUUAAAAUAUCUGUCUGAAGUCAAGAUCUUCAAAACGAUUUUUGCACACAAUUUUUUCAUUCUGUCAGGAUUUCGUGGACGAUUGUUUUAGGUAUUGACAGUUCCUCAGCCAUCAUCCAUCCAUCGUCAACUGUCAAUCGACGGUCAUUAAGGACACAACCACGAAUUCGUGCAACGUUUUCCUUAGAAGUCGAUGGGGAGGGGCGUCCUGACCGUUGGUCAUCUUUCACGUCUUCUCGGACAUUCCUUCAUUCUCAACUUCAUUUGGCUCCAUAUGUCAUGAUUUUCUAAAUUUAUUUAAGUCCUUAAACUUUUACAGAGUUACUCGCUUAGAUCCAAACCUUUCUGCAGAAAUUUUAAAUUCUCGUAAUAAAUAUAUUUUCUUAGUUCUUAGCAGCUGAAUUACUCUUUAAAGUGUUUCCUUUAGCGAGGCAUUGUACGAGAAGUACCCGAUCCAAAAAAGAAAACACGAAAAUUUUGGAAAAAAAAUUGUUUAUUUUUCAACAUAAUCUCCUUUCAGCUCUAUACACUUUUCCCAGCGAUCUUUUAUAAGUUCGAUACCCUUUUUAUAAUAAGAACUAUCUCGCCUCGAAAUGGCCAUUAACUGCAGACAUACAUCACUUCUUCAUCGUUGGAAAAUCUUUGACCACUGAGCCAGUUUUUUAAGUUUGGAAAGAGAAAAUAAUCUGAGGGGGUCAUUCUCAUUUAAAGUCGUCAAACCAAUAGUGAAAAUCGUUCAUUACAAAAUAUUUAAUAUUAUGCAAAAAAACAAACAAAUCAUUUUCUAAUCAUGUUUUAUAACACAAUUUGGCAAAAGCAGUGCAAAUUUUUUUUUUAUUUUACCCAUUUUUGAGUGAUUCUGCUUACUGAACUUUGUCAGGUUCGUCACUAUUUCUUAAAAGUCAGAAAAUUAGCCUUAGACCCAGGUUAAGAAUUCUUUUUAAAACAUUAAUUAUUGCAAGAAGCCGAUGGGUAAUUUAUUUUUUUUUAGUUUCUAUUUUUCUAUAAAAAGCAAUACCAUAUUUUAUGUGUUUUUCUAAAUAGUGAUGAACCUGACACUGAUGUAACAAACCUGACAAUGAUGCUAAAAAUUGAUAGAAAACAAACACAUUUAAAUAAUAAUUGUUUUUUUUUUAUUAAAUGGCUCCAAUUACAAAAACGUUUAACCAAAAAUGUAAAUUCUAAAUUUAACCAAACAUAACAAAAUAAAUCACAUGUUGUAGGCAAUUUCUUGCAAAAACACGAUAAUUCGCGUCCAUAUAAAUCGGACUCAGAAUCUUUCAAAAUAAUUUGACCUACUUUCAUAAUGCCUUUAGUCAUUUUGUAACGAUUAUUUAUUUCUUUUUUGGAAUCAAAGUUAAUGACAUCUUCUAAAUCGAUCCAAUAAAGUUUCACAUUUACUUUUCCUUGAAGAAUCCUAAAUAACGCUUCUGCAUCUGGAAUGUCAUUCCCUUUACAGACAAGUCCAUCAGCUACUCUUUUGACUGCAGCCCCAACACCAUCCGGAGCACCCUUACCAUGCGAAGCCUCUGAAAAGUUCCAUGAAGCAUUUGAAAAUCCAUAAUCUCUAAAAUAUGUAUUCAAAUAAAAAAAAUUGUCCUUGUUGCGGUAUUGUGAUGUUGGGCCAUCACUAAAGAAGUUAACAGUUUGCACACCAUUUUGUUUUAGUUCUUCUAAAACAGGACGUAAGUGGGCCCAAAUAGCAGGAGGGUCAUGCCGAGUACAGGAAGAAAUGGUACAUAUACUUUCAGGAGGUUUAUUGUCAUAGUAAACUACAACGGUAUGGAGACUGGCCUGGUUGUGUGAGGAACCGAAAUGCAUUGCCUGUAUUUCUGAACUCAUUUUGCAUGAGUAAUUUUCAGAAAAAUCUAUAUGUACAGCAGCCUCUUCAUAAGUUAGUUCAGAAAUACAUUUUUGCCUUUGACUGGCUUGAUGAUUUUUUUUAAAGACAUGCCAACAGAACAUUGUUUUUAGUUCUGCAUUAAAAUUUGUGCAUAGGUUCUUUAGCAUUCCAGAUUCACGGAUAAGCUUUGUUUUAUUAACAAAAAAUGUUUUGCCUGAUUUGCUCCUUUCCUCUUUUUCAAGUUUCCAAAAGUUCCAAUUAACUAAUUUAUUUGGAUCUUUAAUAUCCGCGAGGAUUAUAGCGGCCUGAUCUUGGCAUUUUGGGCAGAUAUUUUUCAUGCAAUCUUUUGAUUUUACAUCACACGUAACCAGCUUACAUACGUUUUCGAUGUUGCGUUCUGUGCAUAUUUUUUCUUUUACUAAAGUAUCCAGUUUAUGCUGUAUAUUGGAAUGUUUUUUGCACAAGCAAGAAUCUCUAUCGGAAAGUUUUGGUUUCACAACCCAACAAGGUCUAUGCCUGCAAAAUGUCGCAAAACUAAUUUUACUACAAGGAAACUCUUUGCAAAACUUUUCAUAAAGAUUUUUAAGGGUUUCCUUUAGCAAUCUUUUCUGAUAUUUGAUCUUGCCUCGUGUUACUGUUUGUUUUUUUUCCGGUGUUAACGUAGUUAUGUCAUCUCUAUUAAAAAAGUCUCGUAUUUUUUUAUGAAGUGGAUGUAAAGUAAGUCGACAUCUUCCUUUCCCUUUUGACAUUGUGGUUGAAGAAUGACAUUGAAGUACCUUUUUAGUUCUUGUUAAAAAUUUAUAUUUUUUGACAAUGGUUCCACUAGUGGCUCUAGAAAUAAUUUGCUUUUCUUUUUCGUUGUUUGUUUUUGAGUAAUUGUCUUUUAUUUGUGCAACUAGUGCAUUAUGAAAAACUAGAGUUUUUUUUACAGUUUCAGGAACAUUAUAUCCUUUGGUAUCUUGGAUGGCUUUACUGUAAGGACUAGCUGUUUCACUUUUCUGACUCCCUGCCACAACAUUCUUUUUCUGGUAUCGCUGGCAACGUUUCUUAUACUUUCGUAAAGACUGCUUUGUUUUUUCCAAGUCCUUUUCCAAACGCUUGAUUUUCCUGUAUGCAGCAGUUCUGUCCUUGCGAAGUCUCUUUCUUCCGGAAGACCUGUUAGCCUCUAAGUAAGAUUGAUUUCUUGGAGGUUCAUUUACUAUUCCAACAUCUUCCAUAGGAAUAUGAUCGGGCAGGGGUAUCGGACUUCCCGGUGGAGUAUUUUGCUGAAGAAAUUGGUCCUGUUCACGUUCAUGUUUUUUUAUCUGCCGACUUUUCUGUUGGUACAAUCUCCAUUUUUUUCUUUGGUAACGCUGCUCCCUAUCGGAAAGUUCUUCUAUAGACUUUUUGGACUUCUUUGCCCUCUUUCGGCUUUUUUCCAAAUAUUUUUGUCUUUUUUCGGGGUUUUCUUUUAGUUUUUCUCUAUAACGCCUUGCACGUUCAGCCGGUGUUAACGGCAUUGCUGAAAAUAAUGUCUACUUUACUACUUUUAACGUCAGGUUCGUCACGAACUUGUCAGCUGCGUUACGAAAGAAUAGUGACGUAGCUGACCGUGACGAACCUGACAUUUUAUUAAAAAUAAGACUAUUUGACUAUGACCGGCGACCGGUAUUUUAUUGUAAACAUUACCUAACUUUUAGUUUGCUUUGGUUAACAAAAUACAAUAAUUAGUUUUAAGAAAAUAUAAAGAAAUUUAAAGUUAUUUGCGUGACGUAACUGACAAGCAAUAAACAUACUCACCUUAAAGUCACAAGAAAACACUUUUUUAAACACAGUAUUUAACUAAAAAAACACUUUCUUUACACUGCGUAGCGACACUAUGGUUUCAUUUAGCAAGCAGGUGGUUAACUGGAAAUAGUAAAUUGGUCCAUAUAAGAAUUUUACGCUUUCUUAAUAGUAGUGACGAACCUGACAUAUUUUUUAGAGACAAUACUUUGAAAGAAUUUAAUAAAUACGAAAAGCAAAGACGUGUUUCCUAUAGGCGAAAAGUUAAAAAUUAAAUCAAUAUUUUUUAGUUAUCUAAGUAAAGCCUAAGUAAAAAACAAUUCCUUAACGAAAAAUCAUGAUAGUAUGAAAGCAACUAAGAAAGAGACCGUGACGAACCUUGACAUUUUGUGACUUUAAAAUGAAAUAAAAUUACAUUGAUAAAAUCAAGAUAUAUUAUUUCCUAAACAUGUGAUUAAUCCGUGUUUAGUUUUUAUUUUAAAACAUCUGAUCGACACUAACAAACGAAACCUGAAGAAAAAAGUCUUGAAGACAUCAAAUAUCAAAGUUAAAUGAGAAUGACCCAGGGGGCUAAAUCUGGCGAAUAGGGUGCAUGAGGUAGCAAUUCAAACUUUAAUUCAUUCAUUUUGGCCAUUGCAAUAACGGAUUUGUGAGCUGAUGCAUUGUCUUGAUGAAACAACACUUUCUUCUUAACCAAAUGCGGCCGUUUUUGCUUGAUUUCUUUGCUUAAACGUUGCAAUAAGUUCGCAUAAUUCGAUUCGCCGUUGAUAGUUUUACCUUUUUCAAGAUACGAGGGCGGGUCAAUAAGUCCGUGACUUUUUGGAUAAAAGACAGGUUUUUAUAUAAAAAGUUAUUUUAUUUUUCAACAUAGUCUCCUUUGAGUUCUAUACACUAAGUCCAACGUUUCUCCAAUUUUUUUAUCCCUUCGGAAAAAUAUGAUUUGUCGAGGUCAUCAAAAGAGGCAUUUGUUUGAGAGAUGAUUUCGUUGUUCGAGUCAAAUCUCUUUCCGCCGAGCCAUUUCUUUAGGUUUGGGAAUAGGAAAUAGUCAUUGGGGGCUAAAUCUGGAGAAUAGGGCGGAUGAGGUUGUAAGUAGUUCGUAACCUAAUUCAUGGAUUUUUGCCAUGGAAACUGCACAUAUGUGGAUUUGCAUUGUCCUGGUGGAAAAGAACUUUUUUUUUGGCCAAAUGUGGUCUUUUUUCUUUCAGUUCCUCAUUGAAUCUAUCCAAUAAGUUGGUAUAAUAUUCUCCAUUGAUUGUUUUCCCCUUUUGAAGAUAGUCAAUGUGUAUUAUACUGCGUGCAUACCAAAAAACGGCCGCCAUGACUUUAUUGGCUGACAAACCCACCUUUGCCUUCUUGGGCGACGAUUCACUCCGAGAAAUCCACUGUUUUGACUGCUGUUUGGUCUCCGGCGUGUUGUGGUAGAUCCACGUUUCGUCUACGGUGACGAAACGACGCAAACAUUCGUCCAUAUUGUCACACCGGGGGUUGGCCCGGUCUAGGAUAAAGCCGUGUGACGGUUACAUACAUUGUAUGUAACUGGAACCUUAAGGUACGCUUUAGCAUUGAAACAAAAUAUAGUUUACUAAAUAUCUUGUAUUGACAGCAAAAUAUAAUUACACGAUUUAAGUAGAGUUACCCAAAUAAAAGAGCUAAUUUGACAAGAGAUAAACUAAGAUCGACAUAACAGGAUUAAUAAUUUAAGUACAUGGGAAUAUGUAGCGAAUUCUAUAAUUAAAGUGAAAGUAAUGUUACGUAACUUAAUAAAGUGACAAUAAUUGUGAUCUUCUUCGAUAUGAUAAAAUGUUGUACUUACAUUAUUAUUAUUCUUGGAGCAAACAUUUCACAAAGCUUUUCCGCACUGCUUUCGGUUACCUCUUCUUGCCCAAGACCCAGUCGUAACUCUGCCAAAUUUCGUUCGUCGUACCCUGGUGUUUAUUUUCUUUGUCAGCACAAUUUCCGGUUUUUUCCAAACCAUCGUUCUGUCGACAAAGUACUUUUGCAAUCUUUUUACGAUGGAAAUGACUUGGUUAUUUCAUCAUGCAAUCAGGAAAUUGUUACUUACACAAUUUGUCGGUAAAUGACCUGGUAUACCGAACGAAUAUUUUUAAGUGAUUUUUAUAUUAAUAAAAUAAAAUUUAAAAUGUUUUUUAAUGAAUUAUCUUCGUUUGACAAUAUUGCGGUUGAAUAACGCCAAACACUCCUGGGAAAUUGUCACACGGUUGCGUUUGUGGUCGAUUGUGAGCAAACGCGGCACCCAUCUUGCGGAACGCUUUCUCAUACCCAAAUGUUCAUUCAAAAUUGAAACUACUGAAUCAUGUGAGAUGCCUAUGGCUUCCACAAUCUCUCUCACUUUCAAUCUCCGAUCGGCUAAAACCAUAUCGUGAAUUUUUUCGAUUGUUUUGGAUGUAGAGACCUCGACUGGGCGUCCAGAACGUUCGGCAUCUUCCGUGCUUGUACGGCCACAUCGAAAUUCAGUAAACCACUUCUUUACCAUGGAAAUGGAUGGUGCAGAGUCCCCAUAAUAUUUAUUAAGCUUAGUCUUGGUUUGAGUUAUGGUUUUUUUCCGUAAAAAAUAAUGCUUAAUGAGCACACGAAAUUCACUUUUUUUCCAUUUUCUUCUCAAAACAAUUCUGCCAUCAACAGCUGUCAAACACAAACUAAAUGACGCAGCUUGUUCAAAUUUUGAUAGGCGUCAACUGACAGUUCUCUGUUGACGGGAGCAGAGUUGCCAUUUCCAUUAAAGGGCGGGAAAUUCAAAAAGUCACGGACUUAUUGACCCGCCCUCGUAUAUGGAAACUUUUAUUAUUUUAUUAAAAACAAGUUGUAAACAUAAUGACCUUUUUUUUUAAGUAUUUUGUAGCUAUCCUUUAGCAUCUAGGACUGCCUCGCAUUUUCUAAGCAUAAAGUCAAUCAAUUUUUGUAGAGAAAUUUAUGGCCAUUCUAAUUUUAUGAUAUUAAACAUAUGCUGUUGAUUUCUAGUAUCAAAAUGAGUCCGACUCCGGUGAUCUAAGUCGUCUCAAAAAUGUUCAACGGGACUUAAGUCUGGGGAUUGAGAUGGCCAUUUAAGUACAAUUAUGCUUUUCUCAUGAAACGAAUCUUUUACUAUCUUGAAAGAAUACUUUAGAUCGUUGUGCUGAUUAAACCGUUGAAAAAUCCACCGCAAUGCCAUAUUCUCUUCUGCAAAAAGUGCAUUUUUGAAAUUACCACGACUGUAAUUUGUUGGUAAUAUUUUGGAUGUCUUGGCAUGAUAAACUAAAUAAAUUAAUUUAUUUAAAUUAUAAUACUUGACUUCACCCGUAUGAUAUGCGCUCCUAUCAUAUGCGUCCAUCUGAAAGGGCAUUUAUUACAGUUAAUUCAAUUUCGAAGAUGGUACUUCAUUUUAGUAACUACUCUAUUAAUUAAGUUUAUGAAUAAUUUUAGAAGCAGAAUACUGAUUAAUGUGGUACUUAAAGUUAGGAACAAUUGUUCAAAAUGUGAUUGAUUCAUUGACAUAGUAAUCGUUAUAUUACACGUAUAAACCUUCUUAUUAGACAGCGCUAGUUCGGGAAAAACGUGAUUUUUUCCAAUAUAUAAUUAAGUUGGUGGAUAUAUUUACGCUCUUUUUUAGAAAUUGUUUGGCAAAAUUCCCUUUUUCAAGAAAGAAACAUAAAUUUACAAUUUUUAUGCACUUUUUAAAUUAUCUUGGACGCGGAUAAGUUUGAAAAUAACACUAUAUCUCACGAAAACCUUUUUUUCAAUAAGAAAUAGCAUUUUAUAUCCAAUAUACUUUAGUGCGGUUAAAAAUGCUAUAGAGCGAUCUCCAUAUUUAUAAAAUCGUAAAUAGUUAAGCCUUAUUUAUGAGUAAUCCUCGAAUUGCUCAUUGUCCAUAAUAAAGGCGCUAUUUAAAAGUCCAUAUAAACGAAAUAAAAACGUUGAUCUGCGUUUGUAAUGCCAAACUAACUCUUUUAAGCCUCAUUCUCCUUAUGCUUUUUAUUCAUAAAUAUACUAUAUCGAUGGCCUAAUUGUAAUAUCCCGUGUCUAAAUUAAUUGAACUUUAGAGAGAUAAAAUACGAUUUUAAACAAAGAAAUGAAUGAACACGUGGAUUUUUACUUGACCUUAGAAUGAAUAAUUUAAUUUUUUAGUAAAUAAAAAAUUAAUUUUGCAGGA